AUUAGUAACGUUCGAUUGAGUCCGGUUGGUAGUUGGUCUUGGAACGCUGCCGGAAACUGGUGGAUUCGCCCCUCGUCGAUCGUAUUUUGAUUAUCGGAGUGCAUAAAUCAAUUUACAUUCGCUGCACGGGAGUGCUUCCGGGUGCGCGCGCCGUGAGCGGCAGGUUAUUGGUUAUAGAAAUUGAUUGCUUUUGCUGGGACCGUUCUUCUGUCGCCAUCCGGUGGGACUGCACAGGGCGCGCACUACUUCCGGGGACCCAUUUUUCACGCUUCGCCUAAUUCAAUUUCGAACUCCGGGCCGGUCCGGGGCGAACCGACUGUGUGCGUGCGUGAGUAUAGAAAAUAAUGAGAGCUCUCGUGGAAAAACCAGCGACCAAACUGCCGAUAAUGAUGAUGAUUGGGAUUUCCUGGCUGGCCAUUAUGUUCUCAUUAUCGGCCGGACAAGAAAUUGAUCGCCCGAGCGAGGAUUCGAACGGAACAUCAACCGGUGGCGAUGAAAGAUUGCAAGUGACAAUUUAUUACGAAACACUUUGCUACGACAGUAUCUCAUUUAUCACGAAUCAUCUCGCGCCAAGCUGGGGAAGACACCGGGACAGGAUGGACCUCAAGCUGGUUCCCUUCGGGAAGGCCUACAUUGACGAUUCCAACCCAUCGGAGCCGGUCUAUUACUGCCAGCACGGGCACCGGGAAUGUACACUCAACAUUCUCCACGGCUGCAUCCUGGACAAACUGCCGCUGGAAAAGGCCUUCCCCGUUAUUGCCUGUUUGAUGAAGGGGUUCCGGACGUCAUUUGACCAAUGCUACAAGCAGGAUCUGGCAUCAAAGGAAGAGAUACAAAAAUGUGCCAACGGCGAACAGGGAGCGAAGCUGUUCAAGAGAUCCUCAGAUGAAACGAACCGCGUGGCGACGCCGCUUUCGUUUGUGCCCACUAUCGAAGUUGAUAAGAACUAUGACAUCUUCGAGCAGGACCGAUGGCUAUACAGAUUCGAUAGAACGUUCCGGGAGGAAUUCGAAAACAAGUUCAACAAAACCCUAGACUAGAAACAUGUGUUGUGUACCUGUACAUUUGCGACAUUCUAGUAUUUUACCAAUCUCAACCCGAAACUGCAUUAUAUUUGCCAAUUAAAUGAAUCUUAAAUGUUUAAACACA